AACUCACGUGAAGACAAACGAAGCUGCUGCGUCCCUGCUCCGCGACCCGGAUGUACCAGCCUCUUUUGCUUCCGGGUCAUACGCUGCAUUUCCGGUUGGUCCAGCGGCAGAAGACGAACUGAGUAGGAGAAAAACCGGGAAACGUCAGCGCACCUGUCAGAGAAGAGAAGAUGUUGAGGAGGAAACCGACUCGUCUGGAGCUUAAGAUCGACGACACCGAGGAGUUUGAGAGCGUCAAGAAGGAGCUGGAGGCCAGGAAGCGUCAGCGAGAGGAGGCGGAGUCAGGAGGCGGAGUGGGCGGAUCUUCUGUUAUCAGUGUUGACAUAAUCGGGGGCGGGGCCUCUGCAUCCUCAUCCACAGCGGCGUCGAGGGCGGAGCUAAUCAACGAGCGAAUCGGGUACAAGCCCCACCCCAAACCGGCCACUCUGCCCACCCUGUUCGGAAGUUUACAAUUUUAACGACUAAUAAAGAAAAAUGUUUACAA